AUAUUCUAAAGCAUUUUUUUAUUAGUUGAAUUAUUAUUACCUAAAUACAGAUGAUGCUUUUAAUGCCCAAAAAAAAAAAACUUUAUUAAGUGGAACGGAGGGAUUCUUUGUACAGACAAAAGCACCGACAAGAAUAAGAGAAAAAGAAAAAAGAUAGAGAAGAAGAAGAACAAAACAUGAAUUUUGAGCUUGUCUUCAUCCCUUCUCCUGGAGCCGGUCAUCUCCGAGCAGCGGUGGAUAUGGCGAAGUUACUAGUGGACCGUGAAACCAGCCUUUCUAUCACCGUCAUCAUCCUUCCUGUCAUUUCCGAAGGCGAAGUCGGUGCUUCAGAUUACGUUGCAGCCCUCUCCGCUGCAUCAAACAGCCGCCUACGUUACAAAGUGAUCACCUCCGACUCCGCCGAAGAUGAACCAACCUCCGAGCUAACAAGUUUUGUGAAGCAUGUCGCGAACCAGGCGCCAAAGGUUAAACGCGUCGUUGCGAAACUCGUCCAAGACUACUCGACGCUACCAGACUCGCCGAGGAUUGUUGGGUUCGUCCUUGACAUAUUCUCCUACUCGAUGAUAGAUGUGGCUAAAGAGUUUGGUGUUCCGAGUUAUUUGUUUAAUACGUCGAAUGCAGGAAUGCUCGCACUUGUAUAUCAUAUUCAGAUGCUGUACGAUGAGAGCAAGUACGAUGUUAGUGAAAGUGAUUAUUUAGACUCGGAAGCUGUGUUGAACGUUCCAGGUUUGAGUCUUCCUUAUCCGGUGAAGUGUAUUCCUGACAUUCUUGCAUCUAAAGUGACGCUACCCAUGUUUGUAAAUCAAGCGAGAAAAUUUAGAGAGAUGAAGGGUAUUUUGCUAAAUACUGUUGCUGAGGUUGAACCUUAUGUGUUGAAGUUUCUUUCGAGUAGUGAUACUCCUCCUGUUUAUACUUAUGGACCAUUGCUACAUCUCGCGAACCAAGUUGAUGAUUCAAAGGAAGAGAAACAAUCUGAUAUUUUACGGUGGUUAGACGAGCAACCACCUAGUUCGGUUGUGUUCCUCUGCUUCGGGAGCAAGGGAGGCUUCAGUGACGAACAAGCAAGAGAAAUCGCAAUGGCGCUAGAGCGUAGUGGCCAACGGUUUCUCUGGUCUCUUCGUCGUGCAUCUCCGAAUAUAUUUAGGGAAGCUCCUAAAGAGUUUAAGAAUCUAGAAGAAGUUCUUCCGGAAGGAUUCUUUGAUCGGACGAAAGAUAUAGGAAGAGUGGUCGGUUGGGCUCCGCAGGUGGCCGUGCUUGCGAAGCCGGCUAUUGGAGGAUUCUUCACUCAUUGCGGGUGGAACUCGAUGCUAGAGAGUCUUUGGUUCGGCGUUCCGAUGGCUGCAUGGCCGUUAUACGCAGAGCAGAAGUUUAACGCAUUUAUGAUGGUGGAUGAGCUUGGAUUGGCUGUGGAAAUAAAGAAAUACUGGCGAGACGAUCAUUUAACGGGAGUGGGGACGGUUACGGUGACAGCGGAGGAGAUAGAGACAUCAAUUAAGUGUCUGAUGGACCAGGAUAGUGACGUGAGGAAAAAAGUUAAGGAGAUGAGCAAGAAAUGUCACGUAGCUCUAGUGGACGGUGGGUCGUCACGGGUUGCGUUGCAAAAGUUUAUUGAAGACGUUAGGAAGAAUUACCGUUUCAAUGAAUAAGGAAUACGAGUCUGUACCCAAAUGCGGCAUAAUUAAUUAAGUUUUAAAAUAUCAUAUUAGUCAAUGCAUGCCAUCUUUAAAUAGAAACUCAUAUAUGUACUACUUUAAUUUGUUAUCAAAUUAAAGAGAAGUAAAAUAUGGUUGUAAGUUUCUUUUUAACCAAAUAUUAAUUAGAAUUUUCAAACCUUAAA